GUUUCCGGCAUUGUACACAGUAUGCCCAAGCUAACUGUAAGUGAAAUGAAACGCUGUAGCCCCAAUAGUUUUUACGUUACAAAUUUCUAGUUAAUUUUAACUGAAAGGUAGUUAAUUUCUAAGUAGAAAUCAAUUUUUAGUUUUCGAAAUUUCCUCCUAUUGCUUUAAUGCAGCGUCGAAGACGCGGCCUCGAGUACUUGACUGAAGCACGCUCUGAAUCCGUGGAUAAUUUGUUUUGUUCCGAGGUCAAAAAUUUUUUCAAAGCCUUCACACUUCUAGGGCGUGAUUUUUAAUGUUAAGACCACUAUGAUAUUUCUAAGCAGCUCAGUUCGUGGUUAUUCGAAUCGAAUGAUAUUAUGCAUGGUGAUGGGUGAUAUCACUACCAGUUCUGGUGGUAAGUUUGGGUUGAGUAAGUUAGGAAUUACCGGGGAUAUGGAGGAAUUGCUGAAAAGUAGGUGAACUAAAAUGAUAAGACCACCUUCGAAUUUUAAUUCUCACUCGUUCCUCCUUUUGUUCAGACGGUAAAACUAAACUAAUACCACGAUAGGAAGGUGAAAUCAUUCAGGUACUGCAACUUGGCGUCCAGGAAAAAACCGGAAGAGAGGUUUCAAGACGUUUUUCCCAAUCAAAAACGGCAAUUCAUCAUUAUAUCAAACAAGGGGCAAAUUACUGGUCCAGUAAUAAGCCUCAAUUUAAGCACUCAUUGAAUAAUUUGCAUCGACACAGUCAGCAGUGAGCCCGGUUUCCGUUGGAAUUUCAUGAAUUUCUUCGGAUUUCAGGCUUGAGAGGCUUCACGAUGGGUGUGGUCCUCGGAGGUUUUCAAAAAUUUCUUCUUCAACUGUUCUUUGUCGAUACGGUCCCCAUGAACCUUAUUAUAGUCCGUUGGGCUAACUUUAAGUACACCUUCGACUUUUUCAACACAUAUCAAAUUCACUAUAUUUCUUUGAUUUUUUUUGUGAAAACCUAUCGCCUCCCGCUUCUCUUCAAUUUCUGAUAUAUUUAUCCAGAUGUUCAAAAAUUACAAGGUCCAUAGUGAAUCAUAAUGUAAAUCGCAUGGCGAAUCUAAUGCACUUAUCAGAUUUUAAUUCUGCAGCGUAGUUUUUUAGCAAUCAGCUAGUGACACUUGAGCCCUUACAACUAAGUAUAUCACGCAAAAAUUAAGCACCUUUGUCAAGUGUUACACCCUUUUUAACACUUGGCGUAAAUCAACCUGUCACGCUAAUCCUUACCCCCACCACACUCAGCCGUGACAUAAUUUAUUAAGGGGUGAAAACCCCUUUAUGGAAAUGUCUUGUCCGUCUGUCUGUCCGUCCGUAUCCACGAUAAGUUUAGAACGGAUUUGAAUUUCGGCAUCCGGUUUUCGCCAACGUGUUUCUAAUUUUUGGGGACGGGAUGAGUUCGAAGAUGGGCGUUGUAGGUCGUAAGGUCACGGCGCCACGAUGAUGAUGCCAACGGUCAAAGGUGUCGAAUUUUUCAUUUCCACCAUUUUAGACGUAUUUUUGGAUGGGGAUUUCAGAAAUCGCCAUCAUUUCGACGUGCGAUGACUCCAUGACCGUGUGGGAGGAGGCGAAUGUUGAAAAAAUGACUUUUGUCAUGUGGGGUGUCUAUUGAAAGGUAUUGUCGUGUACGUUUGAACUACGCGGGUGGGGGUGUCAAAACGGGGCAAAAUGAGACGUGGGGUAAUGUGAGACAAUGACAGGAAAGUGCUGAAAGACGUUGUGGGCGUGCCACAAAGACAUUUCCGUGUGUUUUCACCCCUUUGCUACAUUUCGUUUGCAACGUUUAUUAUCAUCCCCUUUUCAAAGGUACAUAAAUUUAUUUUAGAAAGUGCACCUUUUAUGGUUUACAUUCUUCCGGUUCGACAAGAGACACUGUAUUUACGUUCUAAUAUUAAAAAUGGGUAUUGUACACUCUUAGGCAACUGGUAUUGAAUCGUUAUGAAUCAUUACCGGACGGAGUACAUACAUAUAUAUGACUCUACCAGCGUCGGUAAUAUCGAUCGUUACGGCGCAGUAAUGUGGUGGUAAUGAAAUCUUUACCACUCAGAAUCAAACUAUGACCAACCCGGUAGAAAAUUAUUACCACAUCAAUAAGUACCAGUACGGAGUACAUAUGUAUGUGACUCUACCGGAUGCUUUACAGUUUAUCCCUAGAUUAACCCAGGUCACAGACUUGGAGACUUUUUAGGUUGAGCGUACGUAUAAAAACAUGUCGGCACUGGAACGUCUAUAUAUUACGUCAUCAUUUUAAUGGGUGGGCGGUUUAUCUCUUCCUAUCGUUCACAUCCUACAUAUUAUUAUUUCCUAUCCCUUAAUUUACGCGUUGGGUGGAUUAGUUCUAAAAUCGAUAAUUUUUGAUGACGUAAUAUAUGGAUGACCCCUUUGUAACUGACGCUACCCUUUUGACAGUAUUUAUACAAGUGAACCCUGAAGUCCAUAUUAAGUAAACUAAAUAAAUAUGUAUGUAUGAACAUAUACUAAAUCCAGAGUUGACUUGAUAAACUUGCCUUUUUCGAGUUUACUUAAUAUGGAAUUCAGAAUGAAUGCACUUUUCAAAAGGGUGGAAUUCUUCUUAAGCGUAUGUAUCCCUUUUUGACAGAAUUCCCAAAGGGUUUUGGCCUUUCUCUUAUGAUGAACGUGGUCAGAAAUUGUGUAUCCAAGUUAAAUACACAAUUAAAGAAAGGAGAUAAACACGGAAAUUGAUUGAAGUGAAUCCAUUUUCACGUUGCCUCGACAUCCUACAUACGGAAUCAUGUCUGACCACCCCCACCAACCCGCCCCGGUUUCGCCAGCCUUAUCAAAUGCAGUGAUUUUACAAGAAAUCUUCCUCUUCCGCGGUAUCUCCGUUAAACGACUCCGCCUCGUUUCCCGCCUUUGGAACGAAGUCGUCUUAUCCCUCCCCAAAGCCCGACUUCGUCUUCGCCUCAACCACGGGAGGAAAGGGGCGUGCUGCAACCCCGCCAAAUUUCUCGACACGAUCUUUCCCACCCUCUCGUCACCCAAGUUGGCGCGCUGGAUAUGCAUCCGGAAAGGAUGUAGCGACCAUUGUCGCGCCUCCGCGGGGGAAUUAUUGGCGCCACUUUGCGCCCGAUAUUCCGACACGAUUCGAGGGAUCUGGAUCUCCUUCAAGGUCUCCAUCCUUCCCGCCGUGGCCCUCAUUUUAGCCGCGGGUUGCCCCAACCUGAAAGAAUUAAGCGUAUCCUGCCCCCCACGAGGAAGCGAGGAGGACGCCACCCAGGAAAUGUGGGAGUUCAACUUACCCCAAAAGUUCAAACUGACCUACAUCUCCCUCCAAGUGGACGACGCGCCAAAUCCCUUUAUCCAAAAAGUGCUCGAUUCCGCGCCAAAUUUAAAAACGCUCAUCCUUUACGCCAACGUGUACCCGGAUUUGGGCGUGAAUACGAAACUCGUAAAUCUCUGUUACUACGGCGGCGGGUUGGAUGAGGCUGAUGCGCAGGCGCCCUUCAACGCCGCCGAGAUGACGCGGCUUAUCUCGCAGGUCGGGAAUUCCUUAAAAUUGCUCAAAAUCGGGGUGAACACGAAUUUCGGAAAAUAUUCGCCCACCCCGCAAAAUUUCUCGCUGCCGGAAACCAUGCCAAAAUUGGCGCUAUAUUGCAACGGGUCAGUCGACAUUUUCAAAAGUCGGGAUGAAUUAGGCGGAUUGCGGGAAGCUGUGAGGUAUAAAAACUUAUAUAAAAUUGAGUUGGGCUCCAGCGCCGUGACGGAGAAAGGAUUGUUGGAUAAGUUUCUGGAAAAAUGGAUCAAUUCCGAAGUUCCCCUGGUUUUUCCGGGGGUAAAAAGACUACUAUUUCAUGGCCUCUCGGACUUUAGUGUGUUAGAAAAGCUGAGAAAAGUUUGUCCCGCCGUUACCGACCUGUUUUUAGUGACUCAUGCAAAAUGUGGAGAAAAUGGGGGAGACGACGAAGGCCACGGAGUAUUUGGUAAUCAGCUCAAGGGUCUCGUCUCAAUGGGGGGGUUAUCUGCUAUAAAGCUCUUUUUGACCAUGCCCCUCAAACUUUCCGACGCGGUGAAAGGGUUUUCCGAUAAUGAGGAGUUGUUUAAAGGUGGCCAACUUAAACUCUUUGAGCUUUACUCUACCUGUCACCCAACCUAUGUUAUCGAUGACUUAUGGAUAUCCGGAAAAUUGAAGAAGUUUGGCGUCAAAAAUUGUAUUGUCAUGUUUGAGAAUGUCCUUAGAUCCAUGCGAACCCUCGAAAUGUCGGGAAUAUUGCUGCACUGUGACACCGCCCUUCGUAUCGUAAACUUGAUCCAGCAUGAAAACUUACCCGUUCAAUUAACUGGACAUAGGAUGGGGCCAAGAGCAUGUUAACUGGCGGACAUGCAUACACAUAUUUACUUUCUGGUUACAAUCGUAUGUAGCUCCAUGUUCGGAUAAAAAAAUUAUUGGAAAUGUGCGAAACAGCAAAAAAGGUAAAGAUGUUACGAAAUUGGUAAUAAUCUUAAUCUUAAGGGUAAAUAAUCUUAGUUUCAAAUCAAUUGGCUUAAUUCAACUUGCAAAUGUGGCAAGACGUAUUGGCUCAAGUUUUCUCGUGCUACUCUGAAUAAAAAAAAUUAUAAUUGGUUAUUAUUCAACACUUUUAACCAGAAUAUUUACAUUUUUGUUAUCAAAGCUAAUUAGUCGUGAGGAAAUGCAAUUUUUGACCCAAUUUAAUUUUUUCUAGUUAAUCGUAAGUUGACAAUCAUCAUGUAAAUUUUGUUCAACACAAUUUUGUUUUAAUUAUUAUUUGCAACCAAUUUUAAUUUCAAAAAUACAAACUUACAAAGCUUAUUCCAAUUGUUUCAUAGUGUGUGUUAAUAAAAUUAUUUAUUUCCUUACACAAAUUUCGACUUGAUACAUAGAUUACAUAAAGAAGACAUAAAAUAGAAUGAGAAGCAGGGC